AUGAUAACAGGGAGAUAUGGUAUGUCAAGAUAUAGCUACACGCACACUCUCAACACAGUACUAACAUCUGGAAGUCAUUUUUACUGUAAGAUAGGCGCCUGUCGCCAUGGUGACAAAUGCUCCAAGAAACACAUUCGUCCCGUACGCUCGAAUACCAUCGUUCUUUACAACAUGUUGCACAUCCCAGCUAGCGGACUGGACCAAUCCAGCUUUGAAGAUUUCUACGAGGACGUAUAUAUCGAAGCGUGUCGCUUCGGAGCCGUACGAUCCAUGGUCGUUUGUGAGAAUGGUAACGACCACCUUAAAGGAAAUGUAUACCUACACUUUGAGCACCCAAAUGAAGCCCAGCGAGCCAUGGAUGAUUUUAACACCCGUUGGUACGACGAAAGACCUAUUUACUGCGAUUUGACCCAUAUUGUCGACUUCCGCGAUGCCAUUUGCAGACGACACGACCAACAGGCAUGCGAAAGAGGCGACGAAUGCAACUUUAUGCAUAUCCGUAGACCCUCUCAGGGCCUUAAAAUCGAUCUAGAGAGGUCUCAGACCUCCAAAAGUAGGUCUUUAAAGCAUUGA